AUGUUCCAUAUAUGGGAGUCUCAAGGGCAGGGAGCCGUACCUGUCAACAACGAUGGUGGCAAGCGGAGAAUAAGCACCAUAAGGGCGUGCGAGCCGGUAAAGCAUUCCUCCCCAAUCGAUGAGUCAAGCUCUGAUGUUUUUAGUGCCGAAAACGAAAGACGCGCUGUAACGGAGAACUUCCUUGCUCUAAUUGUACCUGGUACCAACGUUCAACUGGUUGUCAUUACACUCAACCCAGACAGCGCCACAGUAUGCCUCAAAGAAGAUGAGACCUUGAAAGACUAUCGAAAAAUCUUUCAAAGUCUGUUCCCAACAAUCAAAAAUUUAGAGCAGCUUAAGGGAUUAGAUCGGGAGUCGCUGAUCGAACUCGUGGCUAAAACGAGCCCAAGAGCUGUUCUCAGCCCGCCUUCUCCCGUUACGCCUAGAUCGGAGGAAAGGCCUUUGACCCAUCCAGAUGCUGCACAUCUUGAGCAUUUCCAGCCCAUGCCUGAGGAGAAUACUGACACAACCUCGAGAACAGGUCUGAUAGGAAUCACUGACGACGUGAACGCUCUUUCCCUGACCGUGAAGAGGUCCACCUCAUAUCUAGGUAUUUCUUCUGUCACAGCUGCACUUCGAGUUAUCCUUUGGCUAGACCCUGAAGCUCAAUCCUUUUUCAUCAAAACCCCAGAUAGAAGUCAUGCGCCGAGUCGUGAGGCUUCUUCUCCUCCAGAAAACAUUGGAGGAAUUGGAGUCCCUGGGACGUCUUCACCUUGGAGUGAAGUUCCCUUAAUCAAUGCUUACUUCAGCUAUGUUCAUCCGAUUGCUCCACUAUUGGACGAACAAGAAUUUCGCGACACUUACAUAGCACAGUCAAGAGACGAUAUUCGAUGGUCAUUGUUGCUUAACACGGUGCUAGCUCUCGGAAGCAUGGCUAAUACCUCACAUUGCGAUGAGCAUGGUCAUCGGAUCUAUUGGCAAAGAGCCAAACAAAAUUUAAGCAUCGAAAUGUUGGGAUCUGCACAUAUCGAGACAGUACAAGCUCUGGUUCUGCUGAGCGGGCUCUAUCUUCAUUACAUUCAGGAGCCGAACCUGGCCAAUUCGCUCAUGGGAGCGGCGUUCCGAUUAGCCAUAUCACUGGGCUUGCAUCGCGACUAUUCUGAGGGCGUCGAUCCGGCAAAGCGCGACAAACAUGGCAAGUCGAUCGAGCUCAGAAGACGAAUAUGGUGGUCGAUGUUCGUGAUCGACUCAUGGGUCGGCUAUGGUCUGGGAAUGCAUCGGCUAUCUCAGCAGUUGUUGACCCUCAUCCAAGAGAACAUACAGUUCUGCCAACUGAGCACUCGCAUGGAGGAUGCCCUUGCUCAAUCACCAAUGAUACCAGAGGCAGAGAGGAGAGCACUGGAUAAUUCUUUUCUACACUGGUAUAAUACAUCAUCAGCACAAAACAAUACUCCCCGGGCUCAACCUGGAGAACCGCAUGGAAUUUCAGUGGUCAAGAACAUCAUGAGGUGGCGGUACGUACUCUGUAGGAUCAUCCUCCACCGACCGGUUUUGCUGUGGGCAGCAAUGCGCAAAACGCCCUUCACGCAACUACUCGAAGAGAAGAGAUAUGCCGUCGAGAUUUGCCGAGAAAUGACUUUCGAGCUUAUCAACGACAUUGCAACGACCUGGCGAGUAUCAAGACCGUGUUCAAUGGCUGGUUGGAAUGCUACGUGGCUUUUGUACCAAGCGCUGAUGGUGCCGCUAUUGCACCUUUUUGCAGACAGAUCCAACGAAGCAUGGAACCAGAAGAACCAAAACAUGAUUGAGGUUGGGUUAGCAGUCUUUGUCGAUUUACGAUCGUGGUCACAAACAGCGGGUCGAUCAGCCGAGGUCGUUGAUAGGAUCUAUCGAGCAUGUCGAAGACAUGAGCUGAUCGAAACCAAAAUCAAAGGUUCGGAAAACAUAAGUCAGCAAUCGCAAAUGAGUGGGCCUCUCGACUUCACCUUGAAUGACUCUCCGACCCAAGAGGUCUAUAUGAAUAACGUUUUCGACUCUUUAAAUUGGAGCGAUAAUUGGGUCGACGAAAGCUUCCCGUAUACUCAAGCAGCUCUACGGUUUGAUCAAGGUCAGGAAGAAUUGAAUAGCUCGUGCGAGCCCUUCAUGACGGGAUUCCAAUACGACGACCCAAUAUCGAUACUAGACAUACAGACUGAUAGCCAGAGCUUCUCGAACCAAUUGUAUCAGCCUGGUUCCUUCUGA